GAACUUUUCCACACUGAGCGAGUUCACUUACGUCACCUGAAGGUCAUGAAGAUGUUGUACGAACGUCCAAUGAGGAAUGACCCAAAUAUCCUCCCAGCCCUGGUUGGCCUCAUUUUUCCAAACCUGGAUGAACUUAUCGGGGUUCAUGAAAAUAUAAAUAGGGAAUUUCAGAAAUGUAGAGAACAGCAGAAGUUGGUUACGAAGGUUGGUGACGUCAUCCUGUCCCAAUUUUCGGGGGUCAGGGGCGACCAUUUGAAGAAGGCCUGCUCCAUUUUCUGCAGGGACCAGGCCCACGCCCUACUCGUCCUUAAGAAGAAACAGAAGAAGGAGAAAUUGAUGCAGAUCUUUCAAGAGGCUUCUCUCAGUCCCUACAGCGGUCGGCUUGGCUUGAAAGAGUUUCUGCCAAAAGAGAUGCAACGAAUCACCAAGUACCCUCUUCUCAUUGACAACCUCAUCAACAAUUCAUCUCCACUGUCUGAUGACCAUUCGAAACUUAUCGAGGCCAAUAGAUUGACUAAGAGUAUUUUGAGAUAUGUUGAUGGCCAGAUGCGAGAGUGUGAGAACAAGCGUCACUUGGAUGAAUUGCAGUCGAGGUUAGAUACACGUCUCAUCGAAAAUUCAACCGAUCCAAACAUGGAACCUUACAAAAAACUCGACCUGACCAAGAAGAAACUAAUCUUGGAUGGCGAACUGGUCGUCAAAGCGGGAGGGCAGAAGAGUCACGACAUGCACUGCAUCCUGUGCGAGGACGUCUUGCUAUUACUCAUCAAGCAGGAAGACAGACUGGUCUUCAAAUGUCAGACGACGACCAUCGAAGACCGCAAGUUCACCUACUACCCUGUCCUCAAACUGUCUGGCCUUCUGACCAAGAAUGCCGGGAAAGAUAAGUACGCCUUCUACAUCAUAGACAGUAACUCGCCACAAUUCUACCACAUGGUUGCAAAGACCAAAGAACUUAGAAACAAGUCUGUACUUCGCAGUGUUUAUUUGAGUAAUUUUUUAACAAUUUCGGAUCAUUACUCGUAUUUUUUAUUACUAUACUAUAAUUAUUUAAAGCUAUUUGAUUGUUUUGAUUUAGUUGGUUGGUUUAACUAA